AUGACUUUCUACGAUGGUAUUUACCCGUUUUAUCCGCUACAAAGGAGCUCGUUCAUCUUCGACAUCAGCCUCCUGGUUGUGAUUCUGGUUUUCUCGGUUUUGGCUGUCAGCUUCCUGCUCAUCCUGCCGGGAAUACGUGGCAAGUCGAGACUGCUCUGGAUGUUCAGGAUAUUCACAAGUUUAUUUAUCGGAAUUGUUUUAGUUGGGCUGAAUUUUACUGGAGACUGGGCUGAAGCCAGCGUGAAGGCCAACACCUCCUACAAAUCCUUCAGUAAUGCAGUGGUGUCAGCUGAGGUGGGUCUGCAUGUUGGGCUGUAUGGAAUCAACAUCACACUCCGAGGAAAUCCCAUAUCACAGAUAAAUGAGACCAUAGACUACAAUGAAAUCUUCAGGUGGUCCGGAGACAUGGAUGACCAGUAUACUCAUGCACUGGAGAGGGGUCUUCCCAACCCCAUCCUUUACAUUGCAGAGAAAUUCACUCGUAACAGUGCAUGUGGACUGAUCUACCAAUACAGAUACUCUGGACGGUUUGCUUCAGCCAAUCUGUGGACGGCUUUCCUCUGCUGGCUGGUGGCCAAUAUUCUCUUUUCAAUGCCUGUCAUCAUCUACGCCGGGCAUAUGAUGAUACUCACGGCUGCUUUCAUCUUCUUCUCCAUGGCUUCCUUCUCAACGAUAUACAACACGGCCCCGUGUGACUUCACUAUAGGAGCAGAUUCAUUCAGAGCAAGCUACAGUCACUCGUUUUGGCUAGCGUUGGCAACGGGUUUGUUGUGCGCUGUGAUUGGUUUGAUGGUGGUGCUGUUGGGAUGUCUGUUUCCUGGGAAGAUGAGAGAGGCAUUUAGUGUUGGCGUUGACAGUGAGGAUGAAGAAUGUCAUACUGGUGGAGGCUACCUCAACAAAGGCUUUCUAGAGGGGGUGAUCUGUGAAGACAUCCAACAGACAGGAAAACGCAAGGACUCUCAGCAGAUCGCAACAAUAACAGUGGGUUUCAUGGCACGAAGAAACACCAUUUAA